AUGUCGUUUAUAAAUGAACCUGUUUUGAAUAUUAUUGUGGUGGGCUUCCAUCAUAAGAAAGGUUGUCAGGUCGAACAUUGUUACCCCGAAUUGGUCCCUGGACGUCCGUCGGAACUUCCACCUGCUUGGCGCUAUUUACCUGCGCUUGCUUUGCCAGAUGGGUCUCACAAUUACCUUUCAGAUAUAAUAUUUUUUAGUUUACCAGGGUUAACUGAACCAGCACAUACAGUUUAUGGUAUAUCAUGUUUUCGACAGAUACCACUGGAGCAAGUAGCCCAAAAAACAGAAGAUAUGACACGAAGUUCAGUCCAGAAAAGUGUGUGUGUGAUUUGUCGGGUCCCUCUUUUUGGACGCCUCGCUGUGAAAAUGGAGUUAGUUGUAAGAGCGUGGUUUUUGCAAGGAGAUUUCUCACAGACAAAACUCCUUGAAGAUGCUUAUAAGCAUCUUAACAGUUGUCCAGUUCAAAUUGAUCAAGCUUUUGAAGGUUUUUCUGUUCAAAAGUUGGUAGAAAAUUGGCGACAUAAGGCUUUACUACUAUUCAAGUUAUUAUUAUUAAGAAGAAAAGUACUUAUAUAUGGGUCUCCAGCUGGGGCAUUAUCUGCAGCCUUGUUGACACUUGUGUCCCUUCUGCCACGCUGCUUAGAGUACGGAUUGUCUCAAUCUGCUAAUGUUGUUCUUUCAAGGCCAUUAUCUCCAAUUCCUAUUGUACAGGAAGAUAAAAAAUUGGAUGCCAUAGGUGAUAAUAUUAAUUCCUUAAAAGAAACUCUAAUUAAUGGAACAAGCCAAUCUGAAGAAGAACUUUCCCCUAAAGAGAGUGGCAAUUUGUUGGAAGAAAAAGACAGUGUCAGUCGGCAGAGUUUUGAUGAGUCAAUUUUAACAGAUGUUGUUGAUAGGCAGGAAUUUUCACCUGGAAGGGAAAAGUGUCACAGCAUUGGUGAAAAAUAUAAAACACAAAAAUCUGUACCAGAAGCUCAGCAAAGUCCUACAAUGGCUAGGGAUAUGAGUGUAGAUGGGUUGUAUAAUUUAACUGGACAAAUUGAUCAAACUGAGUGCGGAUUUCCCCUACCACUGUUUGAAGAUGGUUACAUUUGUUUACCUUAUUUGUCUUUACAGUAUUUAGAUUUAUUAUCUGAUUCUGCAGUCCAUGGCUUUGUUGUUGGAGCGUCUAAUGUACUUUUUAAACAGAAGAGGCAACUCUUUGAUGUAUUGGUAGAGGUUAAUGAAAUGAGAAUAGAAACAGCUGAUAUGAGCCUCAGAAGGCAGUUGACUCUCGGAACAGAAGAUCUUAGGUUUGCAGAUCAUGUAGUGCGUCAUGGUUCCACCCAAGGUGACACUUGGAUAAGAGAUCAAUUUGCUAGUUACUUGAUAUAUUUAUUAAGAACAUCACUACUACCAGAAGGAAGUAGAGAGAUUGAAGGUUAUAAUGCCCAGUUUAUGACAGCCUUUAAAUUGACACCAGCUUAUGAAAAGUGGUUAAAAGAUACUAAUGAUGCAGAUGUUGAAGCUUUCAUGAAUCUUACUCCAAUACAUCCCUUCUCUGGGCAACUAUCUGUAGCUGAUAUGAAGCUUAAGUUAGCUCACACGAUGUCGACGACGGAGGGCGGACGCAAGGUGUCGGCGGCGGUGGCGAGCACGGGGCGCGCGGUGGCGAGCACGUCGCGCGCGGUGGGCGGCGCGCUGUCGCACGCGCGCGGCGCGCUGACGGGCUGGUGGAGCGCGCUCACUGCGCCCCCUCCUUAA